AUUGAUGUAGCUGUAGAUAGUGCACUACAAUUUCCUAAAAAGUCUUCUCACUCUCAUAGGACUGCUCUACAUCUGGCCUCUGCCAAUGGGAAUUCAGAAAUAGUAAAACUCCUGCUGGACAGACGAUGUCAACUUGAUGUCCUUGACAACAAAAAGAGGACAGCUCUGAUCAAGGCUGUACAAUGCCAAGAAGAUGAAUGUGCAUUAAUGUUGCUGGAACAUGGCACUGAUCCAAAUAUUCCAGAUGAGUAUGGAAAUACUGCUCUACACUAUGCUAUCUACAAUGAAGAUAAAUUAAUGGCAAAAGCACUGCUCUUAUAUGGUGCUGAUAUUGAAUCAAAAAAUAAGCAUGGCCUCACACCACUUUUGCUUGGCGUACGUGGACAAAAACAGCUAGUGGUGAAAUUUUUAAUCAAGAAAAAAGCUAAUUUAAAUGCACGUGACAGAUGUGGAAGAAAUGCUCUCAUACUUGCUGUACGUUGUGGAUCAGCAAGUAUAGUCAGCCUUCUACUCGAGCAAAAUAUUGAUGUCUCUUCUAAAGAUCUAUCUGGACAGAUGGCCAGAGACUAUGCUGUUUCUAGUCAUCAUAAUGUAAUUUGCCAAUUACUUUCUGACUACAAAGAAAAACAGAUGCUAACAAUCUCUUCUGAAAACAGCAAUCCAGAACAAGACUUAAAGCUGACAUCAGAGGAAGAGUCACAAAGGCUUAAAGGCAGUGAAAAUAGCCAGCCAGAGGAAAUAUCUCAAGAACAAGAAAUAAACAAGGAUUGUGAUAGAGAGGUUGAAGAAGUAAUGAAGAAGCACGGAAGUAAUCAUGUGAGAUUACCAGAAAACCUGACUAAUGAUGCCACUGCUGGCAAUGGUGAUGAUGGAUUAAAUCCACAAAGCAAGAGCAGAACACCGGAAAGUCAGCAAUUUCCUGACACUGAGAAUGAAGAGUAUCACAGUGAUGAACAAAAUGAUACCCAGAAGCAAGUUUUGGAAGAACAGAUCGCUGGAAUGUCACAAGAAGAGAUUCUGACUAAUAAACAAGAGCAGAUGGAAGUGGCUGAAAAGGAAAUGAAUUCUGAGGUGUCUCUUAGCCAUAAGCAAGAAAAAGAUCUCUUGCAUGAAAAUUGCAUGUUGCAGGAAGAAAUUGCCAUGCUGAGACUGGAAGUAGACAAAAUAAAACAGCAGAGCCAGCUAAGGGAAAGGAAACUUUUGGAGGAAAUUGAAAGUGUGAAAGCAAAGAAUGAUAAACUUCUAAAGGCUGUAAAAUUGAGGGAGGAAACAAUAACAAAAAUUAAUAUUUAAGUACAGUGGACAGCUUAGCAUUUUGACAACUGAGAAAAAUGAUAAACUUCUAAAGGCUGUAAAAUUGAAUGAGGAAGCAUUAGCAAAAAUCAGUAUUUCAGUAGAGUGGACAGCUUAGCAUUUUGACCACUGAGAAUGCUCAGUUCUGAACUGCAGAAUGUAAGACACAGCUAGGAAACACUGGAAAUGGAAAUCCUAUCAUGUCGUUUUAGACUGACUGCUGCUCUACCUGACUGUGAUCAAUGUCAGAUAGAUGAAAGAGACUUCUUUCCAGAGAACAAACAUGAACAAGUUUAUUUACAGGAGAAAAUGAAUUCUCAUAUAUCUAA